UUGAAUGCAAACCGAGGGAUCCUUUCUACUGGUCUUGUCUCAGUUCUUAAGUGACCGUUUAACCGAGAUGAACGAAACGACGACCGUCUUCAAUUCCGGCAGCAUGUACUCCAGUGGCGAUGAAGACCAGCUGGCAAACGAGGGGCUCCGGCUAAGCCGUUCGACGCGCUGGCGGGAACGAUCCCGGCGACACGUGAGCUUCGAACCGGCUAUGUUCCUGUUUUUCGUCGCCAUUGGCUUAUCGGAAAUUGAACUGACGCAUCAGAUAAUCUACCAGACGUGCCGGGUGCAGGGAUACGAGAGCAGUGACUGUUUGCUGGUGGGGAAAGAUGCUAGCUCACCUGGGGUGCAGGAAAUCGAGGCACACAUUCAACCGGCCGCUGCAAGUGUGACUUUGGCGAUAAUCUUUAUCAGGACGCUGAUCCCGGCAUUUGGAGCGUUGCUUCUCGGGGCUUGGUCGGAUCGUCACGGACGGAAGCCAAUGGUCCUGAUAGCGGGUUGUGGAUUACUGCUAACGUAUGUGUCCAUGACUGGACUCAAUUUUCUGUCCAUGUUCGUGAGAGUGGAUCCGUGGUACUACGUUCUCACUUACAUCCCUUUUUCUAUACCUGGAGGAGCAGCCGUUUUGGGCGCCACGGUAUUUGCCUUCGUGACCGAUGUUACGAACGAUGAAAACAGAACCAUCAAAAUGGGUCUUAUGAGGGCCUCCAUGCUAGCGGGAGCCUUACUCGGGACCUAUUCGAGUGAAUUCAUCCUGCAAUGGACCAGUCCUACGACGAUCUUCAUUCUUGCAACGAUCUGCAUCAUCCUGGGGUUGACCUACAUUGCACUAUUUGUCGAAGAUAGCAUGAUCCCCAAUGCUGACAAUGAACUUGGCGCCAGUUUGUCGAACUUGUUCUCCGUCGGAUUGGUAAGAGAUAUUGUACAAUCGGUGAGGCGCAAACGUUCCCGAUACUUGUGGAUCAUUCUGGGCUUGGUGAUCUGUUGUGCUGCGACCGUAAAACUUGCCGGAGGAAGUGGAAUCGUUGCCUACGCUUCAGCCCAUCGAAGAUUUGAAUGGAGCCGGAAGUUGUUUCUACACUUUCAGCAGAUGGAUUCGCUUUUGCUGAUUUUUGCUAACGUGGUUGGAAUUUGUUUCCUGAAAAGGGUGCUUGAUUGGCCCGACACCCUGAUAGCGCUAGUUUCAAUCAUCAAUUGUAUCGUCUGUGCCACCAUCCAGGGGUUGGCCGUCGAGGGAUGGCACCUGUAUCUGGCCUCUGGACUGACUUCGCUCAAAGGAGUGGAAGUUGUUGCGUUGCUAUCAGUUGGUGCUUAUCUGCUGCCCUCAAGUGAUAUUGCUAAGUUCUAUGCAGUUCUGUUGUCGUUAGUUGGCUUGAUGCCUUUGAUAUCAGAGCCCAUGUUUAGUGCGUUCUACGAAGCAACUCUUACCAAUGGGCCCGGACUGUUUCACUUUUUGGCUGCGGGAAUCUUUGGAGUGGCCGCUGUAUUGUUGAUAAUCAUGCAAUGGCUCUUAAAUAAAAGGAAUCAACCUGAGUUGCUGCUUUAAAUAAAUCUUCCCAAUCGAUAUUGUACGACUGCAAGACUGAAUACAUGAUACUAUUCGAAAAUAA